CACAAGCGAGCGCGCGAGCAAUGUGAUAGUCCGCGCUGCGAUGUUGAAAUAAGCCGCGACACUCUUUUCAAGGACAAACUUUUUGUUUUUAAUGAUUAUAAUUCUCAUUUCGCACCAUCCAUUGCGGUUUAUUCUUUACUUUUUUUCUUGUUGUUGUUGUUUUUGUCGGGAGGGAGCUCUCGUUCUCUCAGAUCUGAUUUCUGAAUAGAUACUUUUUUGAAGACGCUUGGAAAUUAUGUUCGGAUCGGCGCCGAUCCAACCGGCAAGAUGAUGGUUUCGCCGAGGAGUCGGUUCGCUCGUGGUGCUGAUUCGGUGGUCUUGGUGUUGUUUUGGGUCUUGGGAAGCGUCCUAGCCAAGGAUACUGCCUUUGUGGAAGUUGUGCUUUUUGAGUCGAGCCCAAAUGGUGAUUAUACCACUUACACGACAGGUUUGCAGGGACGCUUCUCCAGAGCCGGAGCCACUAUCAGCGCCGAGGGCGAGAUCGUGCAAAUGCACCCAUUGGGGCUAUGUAACAACAACGAUGAAGAGGAUUUGUAUGAAUAUGGCUGGGUUGGCGUGGUCAAAUUGGAGCAGCCUGAGUUGGACCCCAGCUGUCUCACUGUACUGGGCAAGGCGAAGAGAGCUGUUCAAAGAGGGGCCACAGCUGUUAUAUUUGACGUUUCUGAAAAUCCAGAUGCUAUCGAUCAGCUGAACCAGGUUUCGGAGGACCCUCUAAAGAGGCCAGUGGUCUUUGUCAAAGGAGCAGAUGCAGUUAAACUGAUGAACAUUGUCAACAAGCAGAAAGUAGCACGUGCCAGAAUUCAACAUCGGCCACCAAGGCCAACAGAGUAUUUUGACAUGGGAAUCUUCCUGGCAUUCUUUGUUGUGGUGUCCCUGGUCUGCCUCAUCCUCCUCAUCAAGAUAAAGCUCAAGCAAAGACGCAGCCAGAGUUCCAUGAACCGGAUGGCCAUUCAGGCCCUGGAGAAGAUGGAAACACGCAAGUUCAAGGCUAAGGUCAAAGGUCAGCGUGAGCCCAGCUGUGGGGCAUCAGACUCACUGAGCAGCAGUUCCAAAUCAGACUGUGCCAUCUGCCUUGAGAAAUACAUUGACGGAGAGGAGUUGAGGGUGAUCCCAUGUGCACACCGCUUCCAUAAGAAAUGUGUGGACCCUUGGCUACUGCAGCACCACACCUGUCCACACUGCAGGCACAACAUCAUUGAGCAAAAAAAGGGAAACCCUGGCGCUGUUUGCCUUGAUCCAGGUAACCCAGUCCACAACCGCCAACAGAGAGUCGUCCUCCCUGUUCAUUAUCCAGGAAGGGUGCACCGAGCUGGCCAAGUGACAGCCUACCCUACACGCACCAGCAUGGACCCCCAUGGCAACCCUAUCACUGUUCUUACAGUGGACCAGCGUCCUGAGCAGGGCCUUUAUCCUUCCCAAUCUUCCUUUAUACGGGGUUUCCCAGCUCUCCACCUGGACCAUACUCUAAACCCUCACCAUUGUGGCCUGGAGCAUCGCGCCCCUGGCUACCCACAAACCCAUACUUUUAAACGGCCAAAAUUCCAUGGACGCAACUUUUCUCGUACCGCCUGCUUUUCCCAGUAUGAGACCAUGUACCAGCAUUACUAUUUUCAAGGCUUGACCUUUCCUCAGCCCGAAGGCCAGCCUGGUAAUGGGCUCCACAAAGGACACAAUCGACCCUUCCAGCCAGGACUCUUGUAUCCUACUGUUGUGCACAUGGCACCGGCUUCCUCUUCCCGACUUGGGGACUCAGGAAGCACCUCAGGACUUAGUUGUUACCACGGGCACCGCUCUGUGUGUAGCGGUUACCUUGCGGACUGUCCUGGAAGCGACAGCAGCAGCAGCUCGGGUCAGUGUCACUGCUCCUCAAGCGACUCCAUGUUGGAUUGUACGGAAGUCAGCAACCAGGGCGUCUAUGGCAGCUGCUCGACGUUCCGUAGUUCGUUAAGCAGUGAUUACGAUCCUUAUGUGUACCGCAGUAAGAGUCCUUGUCGGGUAUCUGCAGGGGAGGCUGGGACAGUGUUUCCUGCCACAGCUCCAGCUGAUGACACUUCAGCCCCAGUAUCAGGGAUGAUGGACUGCCUACAGCCUGGAGCUUGUUACAGUUCUGGGGACCAGCUGUCCAACUGCAGCCAGGAGCCCAACUGUAGUAGCCACUUCUCAGUGGAAACCAGGGAACUCACUAGCACUACCUCAGCUGGGCCCAUAGAGGGCACUGCAGCAGAACGGAAGCAUUGCGGAGAGCAAGGAGUGGCUUGCAACUGCUGUUUCGAGGUACCUAAAUUAAAUUUGGAACUGAAAGGGCUGGAGGGAGAAGACAGUGGACAUUGUAGAUGGGGUGCAGAAUCUCAAGCAGUUGCUUCCGCUCAGAACUUUUACAGCGUUAGCUUCGAGCAGCUACCGUCUCCAGAUCAUGUUGGCUGUGAUGGACUUCCAUGCUGCUUCUACACAGAGAUGACUGUACACCGUGGAAGUGCUAGUCAUUACGCUGAAGACUGUUCUGUUAACGUACAGUAUGCCCCAACAGACACUGAUGGCUGCAUGGGACAGGGUUGCUGUGAACAUGCUCAGCGAAUACCCAUUAUUCCUGAGGAUACAGACUGUGAAUUAGGCUUAGGUCCAGAACCACAAAUGAGUUUUCUCCCUCCUAAACUUACCAUAGAGAGGGAGGAGAGGACUUCUGAGGAGACUUGUGACUUAUUUUUCACCUCAGGACAUUGUAGUGGUCAAAUUUAUUCGCAGCUGCCUGAUGAAGAGGCAAGAGCACUAUUUCCCUCCAAGUGUAAUGGUGUGCCUGAAACACAUGAGGGUAGCAAAGCAUCUUUUGAUGGGUCAGGACUCUGAUAGUGAGCCCUGACACACAGCACAGGCUCUUGAAAAUCAUUACAUUUUUAUACUUUUAAUAGUUGUGUCGUCAAAACUCUGGAGUGUACUGGGUUUGAGUUUCAAAUCGAGAUUUUACUAUUUUGCUUUGCCGUGGUGAUCUUGUUCAUUCCUGUGGCCUUCAGAAUCGGUCACAUCAUCACAAUGGUUGCAGAAGAAAUAGGAGGCAAAAGUACAUAGCUAUUCUUUUUACAUGCUUCCACAUGCUACACAAAGUCAGAAAUGUGAGUCAAACUUAGAGAGCGGAGCAUCAUUAUAUGCAUGCUUCUCUCUUGAUCAGACUAGGACCAGGGAAACAUUUGUAAAUUACUAAUUUUUGAAUUAUGAAAAUUUAGAUUUUGCUUGAGUUCCACAUUAUUAACUAAGAUGAUUUUAAUGCUUUUUUACACUUAUUUCAUUCAGAAUUGCUUGCGAGGACUAUGAAAUCAUACGGCAUGUAUGUACAUCUCAAUCAACUAUAUCGUUGAGAAAUAAAAACCAAAACUGAACAUUUCAAGAACAUACAGAGGGAGUGCACAUCAGGUGCAAAGGUAAUUUCUUACUGAAAACGUAACUAGGUGUACAUCGCUCUUGAAAAUGUACAUCUUUCUCUUCCUCUCUCAGGGCCUUUAUCUUUUUAGUACAGAAACAGACCAAGACAAAAAGCUUUUGUUCAUUUUUUGUUUUGCUUAUAUAAUCCAUAUUAUCAAUGGAGACUACUGAGCUGCAUGUGCAUCACACCAAAGUUUAGUUUGUCUCCAGGGUACAGCCCAACACCGCUGGUAGAAUCAGAACUGGACUACUCAAGUGUUAGAGGUACAGAACUUGUAGCAUUUGACCCUGAUAAGUUAUUUUAUAACUUUUGUUUUUAAUACAAGCUAACAGUUUUGUCAGAAAGACACCAAAGUAUAAUGGUUUAAAGAGAUUGCAAUGCAGUGGUUAUAUAUAUACACACACACACACACACACACACACAGUAUAUAUCAAAUGCUGACGCAUACAUAAUUACCUUAAAUAAUUACAUACUAUACACUUGCACUCAUGCUUUUACAAAUAUACACCAUCAUAUCAUCAUGCCUUUCUGUUUUAACAGAGUAUUUUAUACUGUUUCUAUGAAAUGUACGCAUACAACUUACACAGGCGGUCAUUUAAAGUAACUUUUUAUUUAUACAUAGACUAAACAGUGCCGUAACACGAGAAUCUUGCCUUGCAUAGAGAUAUCUACUGCAAAUAUAGCAUUUGUUUUUUUUUCUGGUUACAUAAGUCACUAUUUAAUAUUUCGUAUUGCUUGUAGCACUUAAGAUUGUAUAAAAGAAAAUGUGUACAAAAAUUAAUAUUUUUAAAAAAAUUUAAAAGAUAAUUAUUUUCUCCAUUACCAUUUUACAAAUGUUAAAGGUUAGAGCUUGAUCUGUGUAUAUUUCUGUAUCUGUAUAGCAGCACAUUUCAUAAAUGGAAAUAUGUUCUCUGAAUAUUUAUUGACUAAUAUAUUUAUCUCCAAGCCAUGUCUUAUGUUCAGAGUGUCUGUGUAAUUAUUUUUUUUUUUUUUUUUGUGGAGAU